AUGCCUCAUACUGCUUCUGUGCGGUUGUUAUAUGAAUGGAGAAGUCACAGUAAUCGUCGAUGCCAUAAUCCAGAUGCUUGCCUUGUAGGAAAGGGUCGAGUACAUAUGGUCGGAAUCAAUUUUCCGCCACAUGUUUUGGGUGCCUGCAGUCUCAAUCUUUUAAGCAGUAUUCGUGGCCCAAUAGGUCCAGUAUCUUCCAGAUGCAAUGUUUUCUUGUGCAGAUCUGUUUUAGUACCAGGUGGAGGAAAUGGGGUUCCCCUUCUGAAAUCUGCUGCUGUAGUUUUAACAAGGUCUUAUGAUGCUUUACGUGGAAGCCCUGUUUUACUUAAAUUGAUCCCAGCAGUUGCUAUCAUAGCUUUUGCUGUUUGGGGUCUUGGGCCACUUUUGCGUCUUGGCAGGAUUAUAUUUCUUCAACGGAACGAUAGUACUUGGAAUAAAAGUAGGUCACACUAUGUCAUGAAUUCUUACCUCCGGCCCUUGCUUCUGUGGACUGGAGCAACACUUAUGUGCAGAGCAUUAGAUCCUGUAGUCCUACCUUCAGAAGCUAGCCAGGCUGUCAAGCAACGUCUUAUAAAUUUUGUACAAUCAUUAUCAACAGUGCUGGCAUUUGCCUAUUGUUUGUCAAGCUUGAAUCAACAAGCACAAAAGUUCUUUACGGAGACAAGUGACCCAAGUGAUUCGAGAAAUAUGGGCUUCAAUUUCGCUGGCAAGGCUGUUUAUUCUGCAGUUUGGGUUGCUGCAGUAUCAUUGUUCAUGGAGCUGCUGGGAUUCUCAACCCAGAAAUGGCUAACAGCUGGUGGUCUUGGCACAGUAUUGCUCACCCUUGCUGGUCGCGAGAUAUUCACAAACUUCCUUUCAAGUGUAAUGAUCCAUGCCACACGACCAUUUGUUGUUAAUGAAUGGAUUCAGACUAAGAUUGAAGGCUAUGAAGUUUCUGGUACUGUUGAGCAUGUGGGUUGGUGGUCACCAACAAUUAUAAGAGGCGAUGAUCGCGAAGCAGUUCACAUUCCAAAUCACAAGUUCACUGUAAACGUUGUCAGGAAUCUUAGCCAGAAGACUCAUUGGCGCAUUAAGACCCACCUAGCCAUAAGUCACUUGGAUGUCAUUAAAAUUAACACUAUUGUAGCUGAUAUGCGCAAGGUUUUGGCCAAAAAUUCUCAAGUAGAGCAGCAAAGGUUGCAUAGGAGAGUUUUUCUGGACAAUAUUAAUCCAGAUAAUCAGGCCCUUAUGAUUUUGGUAUCCUGCUUUGUUAAAACAUCUCAUUUUGAGGAGUAUCUCUGUGUUAAGGAGGCAAUACUUUUGGAUCUUCUCAGAGUUGUCAGCCAUCAUCGUGCCCGGCUUGCCACACCCAUUCGCACAGUCCAGAAAUAUUACAGUGAGGCUGCUGACUUGGAAAAUGUGCCAUUUGAUGACACCAUUUUCACUCGUUCUAGGGCAUCCAAUAAUCGUCCAUAUCUACUUAUUGAACCAUCUUAUAAAAUCAGUAGUGAUGACAAAAGUAAAGCUUCAAGUCGCCCAACACGUACAAAUGGAGACAAACAGGCCCAGGCUGAAGCUUCCUCAACAUCCGACUCCAAGGGAUCAGAUGCUAAAGCUGGGGCAACACUAACUCAUGCACAAACUGACAAUAAAGUUGCAGCAACUUCAAGUUCCAACUCAAGCACAAACUCCAAGAUCUCGGAAAUGCCAACAUCUGAACCCCAAACAUGGAAUUCGGCAUCUGAUGGUUCAGUUCGAAGCAACUCUGAAAUGCUGCAGUCCAAGAAUGAGAGUACAAAAAAUGCAGGGAAAGAGACAACAGGAGUUGAUUCCAGAGAUGCAUCUCCACCAAAGGUGACGUCUAAGAAAUCCCUUGUUGCUUCGCCUGAGACUGGUAGCGAAAAAGCAGAUGUUCCUCUGGCACCUUUACAGGCAAAGCUUGAUGGUGAGAAACCUGUUUCAUCACCAUCCAUAGCUAGGCCUCCUUUAGAAGAGAAUAUUAUCCUUGGUGUUGCUUUGGAGGGCUCAAAGCGAACACUUCCAAUUGAGGAAGAAGACAUGGCUCCAUCUGCUGCAGAAUCAAAAGAACUCACUGCCCGCCGAAAUGGUGGAGGGUCUCCUCCUGUUGGCACAGAUGUGAAAGAUGGUUAA